AUGGAACCUAGAAAUGAGUACCAGCCUGGAUCACAGCCAGUAGUGCAGGACCAUAUGAAUGAAAUUUAUCCGAGCAGAAGACCGUAUGACCUCAAUGCAUCAGAAGUUAAACCUGUACAUCAUUUCUCGAUACAGACGGGCGAGGAAUUUGCUCUUGAAUUUAUGAGAGAUAGGGCAAAUCCCGGGAAGCCUGUGUUUUCGAAUAUCGGUGAUCCAAAUUAUACCACAGGGUAUAUGGAACUGAAAGGCAUUUUAGGCAUCAGUCAUGCAGGAUCUGAAACUGGAUCAGACAUUUCCAUGCUAUCAAUGAUGGAGAAAUACCCUAAAGAGUUUGAUACACCGAACUCGUCGUUUCUUGGAGACAGAAGCAACUAUGGAUCAAUUCGAUCAUUACCAAGAACUUCACUGAAUCAGGACAACAGGCAGUUUGUGCAAGGAUAUGGCUCUUCUGAGAGUUACUAUAACUCGUCGACGAUGAUGAAGUUUCUUUGCAGCUUUGGCGGUAGAAUAUUGCCGCGGCCAUCUGAUGGAAGGCUAAGGUAUGUAGGAGGCCAAACACGGAUUCUCCGUUUAAGAAAGGACAUAUCUUUUCAUGAGCUCAUUCAGAAAGCAUUGCUAAUAUAUAACCAGGUUCAUACAAUUAAGUAUCAGCUUCCCGGGGAAGAUCUCGAUGCUUUGGUAUCUGUGUCAUCCGAUGAGGAUUUACAGAAUAUGAUGGAAGAAUGUAAUCAUCUAGAAGAUAGAGAAGGAUCACAAAAGCUUAGGAUGUUUUUGUUCUCAAUCAGUGAUUUGGAGGAUGCUCAGUUUGGUCUCACCUCCAUGGGCGAUGAUUCCGAAAUCCAGUAUGUUAUUGCUGUUAAUGGCAUGGACUUGGAAUCGAGAAAAAACUCAACUAUGGCCGGUUUCAGCUAUUCUGCAAAUGAUAUAAAUGAAUUGGGUGGGCAAAAUAUUGACGGACAGGGCAAUGCUCCCCUGACGAACAAUUUCGACUCAUCAUUGCCUACUAAUUUUUCUCAACCAGGGAUACCAACUUCUUCAAAUUCGUACGAAAUGUAUCCACUGUUUUACGCCGAUCAAAUGAUGCACCACGGUGAACCGAAUGGUCAUGGUCAUGGUCAAUAUCUUAUGCAUCACGGCGGUGUUAAUCCUUCUUAUAAACCUUUUAUUGAAGAGACUCCUAUUAAUAUGAUUCCUUAUAUGCCGAAUAAUCAACAAGGGGUUUUAAAUGAAGGUCACCCACGUAGUGGAUUACAGGUACACAAUUCAGACAUACCAGACACUUUGACGAGAACGAUGGGUGAUAAUUCAAUUCAACAAGAAACACUAUCGUUGACUCCUUCUCAACUGUUUGACGGUUACUCACAAAAUGAUUUUCCGGAAGCAUCAGUUGUAGUUACUGCGCCAGAGGGACAUUCAUUGCCUCCGAGAACGAACCAGCUCCAGGAUUAUGACGAAGCAUCUUCUACUUCCGGCAGUGCAUUUGGUGCUCCUUAUGUUGAUUCCCGAUCCAAUGCAGUUGACUUAAGUUGUCUUCACCCUCCUCCUCUUCCUAAAAGAGUUUAUUAUUCCGAACGAGCUCCAAGGAAGCAAGUAGAGUCGCUGAAUCGGUCCUCAAAGUCGGAUGAUGCACAGAAUUCUCAGUUUCACGUUUCAGAUUUACUUUCCGGGGUCAACUCACAGGAUUCAGCUAUAGACUCUGGAAACAACUUGCAUGACGGAAAUCUAUCUAAUCUAGCCGAGGAAUUGAACAUCACAUCGAAGCCUUUGCAUACAGAUGGAAAAGGAACUGAAGAUAUCUUAAAUAAGGACAAUGCUGUUACGUUGGAAACAGAAAAUAGUUUAAACGAUAACCAUAAAAAAUCUCCGCUUGAAGGUAAAUCAGACAUCUCUGCUCGGUAUCAUGAUCCAGCAUCCAAUCUUCCCGAUGUUGAUUGGGGUGACACAUCUGUGAAAGAAUCAAACGAUGAUUUUAACAAUCAAGCACUGCCUGUUCCUUUGAAUGCAAACGCAACUGCAAAAGUUGAUUCGCAGGGACAAGGUGACAUUCUUAUUGAUAUUAAUGAUAGAUUCCCCCGCGAGUUGCUUAACGAUAUCUUCUCCAAAGCAAUACUAGAAGAAGAUUCCUCUAGUCAACAUCCGUUAGCUUCAGAUGGAAUCGGUUUAAGCAUAAAAAUGGAGAAUCACGAGCCUAAAAGUUGGUCAUAUUUUCAAAAAUUGGCGCAAGACGGGAUUGAUAACGAUAACGCAUCUCUUAUUGACCAGGAUCAUCUUGGAUUUUCACCUGCUAUAGUUGGAGAUAUUAGAGCUCAACAUGUUACACCUUUAACAACCGAUGAAGUUCCUUUAAACCGUGCAGAGUUCCAUCUAAAUUUUGGCGAAGAAGUUCAGAAAGACUUGCAUGGAGAAAACGGAACCGAAACUACUGGUCUGAAAACAAAUUAUGAUCAGUCCCAAGCUAAGGACACUGAAAGCAUGCAAUUCGAUGCUAUGUUGGACAACCUAAGAGCACAAGAGUCACACUAUGAGGUUGGGAAGUUUGAAAAGAAAAAUAGCAGUCUACCUCCUCUUGAUCCUUCUUUAGAAGAAUUUGAUAUGAGUACAUUGCAGGUCAUAAUGAAUGAAGAUCUUGAAGAGCUGAAGGAACUAGGUUCUGGUACCUUCGGAACGGUAUAUCAUGGAAAAUGGCGAGGAACAGAUGUUGCUAUUAAGAGAAUAAAGAAAACCUGCUUCACCGGUCGGUCGUCUGAGCAAGAGAGACUGACUGUUGAGUUUUGGCGGGAAGCUGAUAUUCUUUCCAAGCUUCAUCAUCCGAAUGUGGUGGCGUUUUAUGGCGUGGUGCAGGAUGGACCGGGAGGAACAAUGGCAACUGUUACGGAGUAUAUGGUUGAUGGUUCUCUUAGGCAUGUAUUACUUCGCAAGGAUAGGUAUCUUGAUCGUCGCAAGAGACUGAUAAUUGCAAUGGAUGCAGCUUUUGGAAUGGAGUAUCUGCAUUCGAAAAAUAUUGUGCAUUUUGACUUAAAAUGCGACAAUUUACUUGUAAACUUAAAAGAUCCAUUACGGCCGAUAUGCAAGGUUGGUGAUUUUGGUUUGUCAAAAAUUAAACGAAACACCUUAGUUUCCGGUGGGGUGCGUGGAACUCUACCGUGGAUGGCACCGGAGCUGCUGAAUGGUAGCAGCAGCAAAGUCUCAGAAAAGGUUGAUGUGUUCUCCUUUGGAAUAGUACUAUGGGAGAUUCUUACGGGCGAGGAGCCGUACGCGAAUAUGCACUAUGGUGCAAUCAUAGGUGGAAUUGUUAACAACACACUAAGACCAACAAUCCCGAAUUACUGUGAUCUUGAAUGGAGAACACUGAUGGAGCAAUGUUGGGCACCAAAUCCUGCAGCUAGGCCAUCUUUCACAGAAAUAGCGAGUCGGUUGCGUAUUAUGUCUUCGGCAGCUAGCCAAGCCAAAUCACCAGGGCACAAGGCAUCCAAAUGA